AUGUUUGUUGUGGAAAAAAUAGAUCGUGAUUCUAUGCUUCCUCUCCUACUUGAACACGUGGAUAAUAGUAGUAUUAUCCACAGUGAUGGCUGGAAAGCUUAUUCCGGACUAAGUACUGUGAUUAACGACCAUAAGGUCGUUAAUCAUUCUAAAAAUUUUGUUGACCCCAAUACUCGUUGCCAUGCUCAAUUAAUUGAUUGUAUUUGGGGUCAAGUAAAAUUGUAG